AACAAAAAAUAUUGAGAAGAUACCUGAUCAGAAACUGGCGGCAUUUUCCACCGGUCUGAUGGGGACCCGCGGGCUUUCCAAGAAGGAGCUCGAGGAACUGAAGAAGAAGGAGGAAGAGGAAGCCGCUGCACACGUGUUCAAAGAGUUUGUGGAGACUUUCCAAGAGGUCCCGAGUACAACUUCCAAGGUUUGGGUGAAAGCCGGCACUUACGAUGCAGGUGCCAGAAAGGAAGACACCUCAGAAAGAGGUAAACUGUACAAGCCUAUAUCCAAACUGGAUGACAAGCGAGGCAUCACUGAGGCGGAGGUGGUCCGCAGCCUGGCUCAGAAGUCGGAGCCCUCGCUGCGGCCUGGUGCUCGUAACAAGCUCACCAAAGACAAGAAGAAAAGUAACCUGGAGUUGUUUAAGGAGGAGCUGAGACAGAUCCAAGAAGAGCGUUCUGAGCGUCAUAAGUACAAGAAUGUGCUCCGCGAGCGAGGUACUGUAGGCGUGGAGUUGGCCUUGGACGUCAUCCCGGACAUCGGCUCGUACGACACCGGGGACCCUAACACCACCAACCUGUACCUUGGCAACCUUAAUCCUAAGAUAACAGAACAACAGCUGAUGGAGAUAUUCGGUCGUUACGGUCCGCUGGCAAGUAUCAAGAUCAUGUGGCCGCGGUCGGACGAGGAAAAGGCGCGCGGGCGCAACUGCGGCUUCGUGGCUUUUAUGUCGCGGAAGGAUGGGGAACGAGCAUUGAGGUGUAUCAAUGGCAAGGAGAUAAUGAACUACGAGAUGAAGCUGGGGUGGGGUAAGGCGGUGGUGAUCCCGCCGGUGCCCAUCUACAUCCCCCCGGCGCUGCAGCAGCCGUGCCAGCCGCCGCCGCACACCGGCCUGCCCUUCAACGCGCAGCCGCCCAAACACCUCGCCAACAAGAUUCCUCGAGUUAGACCUGGAGAAUACUAUCCAAGUGAUCCUGAUGACAAAAAGGCUUACGAACAGAUUCUAUCACAAUCAAUCGUCAAAGUCGUGGUGCCUACAGAAAGGAACAUACUAAUGCUGAUCCACCGCAUGGUUGAGUUCGUGAUCCGCGAGGGUCCUAUGUUCGAAGCCAUCAUCAUGAACAAGGAGAUGAACAACCCCUUCUUCCGGUUCCUGUUCGAGAACCAGUCGCCCGCGCAUAUAUACUACAGAUGGAAAUUAUUCUCGAUGCUACAAGGUGACUCUCCAAAGCAAUGGCAGCUGAACGACUUCCGCAUGUUUACUGGUGGGUCCGUGUGGCGGCCGCCGGUCAUGAACCUGUAUACCGCCGGCAUGCCUGACGAGCUGGUGGACGAGGAUGACACCAAGGACAACAUUCGAGGGACGCUGUCUAACAACCAACGCGACCGGCUAGAGGAGCUGAUCCGUGGCCUGACACCGUCGAGAACAAGCGUCGGCGAGGUGAUGGCGUGGUGUUUGGAGCACGCCGAGGCGGCAGGAGAGGUGGCCGCGUGCCUGACGGAGGCGCUGACGGGCGCGGACACGGCGCCGGCGCGGCGCGUGGCGCGGCUCUACCUGCUGUCCGACAUCCUGCACAACGCCGGCGCCAAGCUCACCAACGCCAGCGCCUACCGCAGCGCGUUCCAAAGCCGCCUGGUGGAGAUAAUGAAGCACUCCCGUCUAGCGUGGACGCGGAUGUCGUCACGCCUGCAGCAGGAAGGCUUCCGAGCACGAGUCACCCGCAUCCUCCAAGCUUGGGCCGACUGGGCUGUCUACCCCACCGACUUCCUCCACCGGAUCAACCAUGUCUUCUUAGGACAGGAGACGGAGUCCCCACCACAUGCUCCCCUAGGCGGGUCCCGACCUGCGUCCCCCGCAGGGUCCACCGCAUCAUCCGGCUCGUGGGAGGGCGGAGGUGCCGCCGGCCCACUCGACGGGGCCGCGCUGCGGAGAUUGGCUGCUAGCAGACAUGUCGAGGACGACAUUGAUGGCGUACCUAUGGAAGAAGACAUAGACGGCAUCCCGAUGGAGGCCUCGGCGGAGGCGGAGGCGGGCCCGGCGGGCGCGGGGGCCGGGGCGGGGGCGGGGGCGGCGGGCCCCGCGGCCGCGGGCUUCGUGCCGUCCCGCUGGGAGCGCGUGGAGGCGGGCGCCGCGCCGCCGCCGCGCGCGCCCACGCCGCCGCCGCCGCCGCGCCCCGACCUCGACACCAGCAGCGAGGAGCAGUCCCUGAAGCGCUCCGUGCUGCGCGACAUCGAGGUGCGCGUGCUGAAGUACGCGGACGAGCUGGAGGCGGGCGUGCGCGCGCGCAGGCCCGGCCUGCAGCCCGCGCAGCAGAUACACCACUACCGCAGGAAGCUCAUCAAGAAGGCGGUCAAAGAAGCUAAGGAGGCGGCAGUGGAAGCGCGGGAAUCUCCCGACCUGCGCCGGCGCACGCCGGAGAACGACGACGAAUACUCCACAUCAUCAUCAAAGAAGUCAAAGAAAUCCCGAGAGCCGUCCCUGUCACCGCCACCGAAAAGAUCUCGACAUAGCGAACGCAAAUCGAGAUCGCGAUCCCGAUCGCGCGAGAGAGAAAGGGAACGCGAGAGAUCGCGGGAACGUGAGAGGGAAAGAGAGAGGGAGAGGGAGCGCGAAAGAGAAAGAGACAGGAGACGCCGCUCGCCCGCCACCCCGCCGCACCAUCACCGCAAACACAAGCACGCCAAAUACAAGUACUGAUUGUCUAGUUGUAAUUAAUAUAUAA